UUUCAGAAAAAAAAAAUCAUGUCUUCAUCAAGACAGAGUAAAAGCUCUCAUGGAGGGAAGCCUUUUUCCGCCAACCGAACUAGAUUGGACAGUGGUGUGAAAACCACGGUAGAUGGUCAACGAUACCCAGAGAUUAAACAGAGAGGUUACUACUCUGAUAUCAUAGGAGAAAAUGCCAAUGAUGGACGACUAGGGGAUGUAUUGACAGGUCCUCUAACAGCGCAGGAUACACUUUGGAAUGUGUCCAAGGAAAAACACACACCACGAGUGACAACAUUUGAUGAAAAUCCUGAUGUGUUGAAUAAACUACAGAAACAGGUUUAUGGACCUAGCUCUGAAAUCACCACAAUAUCUGACUUUCCCAGGCAGGCAUCAGAGCCUAAAGUACAGUUACCUUUUUACACAAAACCUGGAGAAUGUCCCAGAAAAAUUGAGAUUGAAAGACGGAGACGUCUAUAUAACACACUAGAGUUACAAACUCUGCUAGUGGAGGAGGGGAUCAAAACAGAACAGUUGAUGCCAAAAACCCAAAAUGGGUCUGUACAGUUGAACUCUGACCCCGAAGAUCCCGCCCCGUUCCCACCUUACCUGCCUCUGGACAUUUUUGAUAAUGAGGAGUUUGAUUGUCGCCUUCCAUCAGAAUGGAUCGCUAUGGGAAUGGAGAAUGGCCUAAGAAAACCUGUGCCUGGAUUGGCACUUCUGCCUACGGAUGAUAAAAAGAAAGAUUUGGAUCCUAUGGACCCUAGUAUAGUGUAUGAUUGGUUUGAGGUUGGAGUCUUGGACUAUGAUGACAACAACAAACAUUAUCUUGUCCAGAAAGUCAAUGAUCAAGGUCGCAUUCUAGACAACACUGGGAAACCAGUGGUCAACGGGGGAGUACAGGCUGAUGGAACUCGUCUGUCCUUGCGACAGCAAUAUAUGAUCCCAAGAGUGCGCCUCAUGUUUAAAGGAGAGGACCCAUGUGUAUUUGCUCGUCGAGUGAGUUCAGCUUUUCGUCUGAGGAAGGAGACGGAAGCAUUGUUGAGGUAUAACCUCUACAUUGACUGUAUGCCCAUGGACGGUGUUGGUGAGCUAGACCAGGCUUCUCUCAAGAGAAUGAUUGACUGUGCCAAGAACUCACCAGGUCUUGGAAAAGACAAGGGACUGGAAGAUUAUGUACAAGUACUAGAGAAAGAAGUCAACAUUGACUUCUGUCGCUCCAUGAACAGAAUCAUAUUUGACCAGACCGUCGAGGACGAUCCAGUUACCUUUGCUUUCAUCACAAAACCUGAACCGAGUGUUCAGCCCGUCCCUGAGAAAGGUUGCUGUAUGGACAUAGAACCAUACGAGUAUGAUGACCAGUACGACCAGUUUGCAUUUAAGUCAUUAUUGACCUUGGUCGAGAGUAUCCAGGCCUGUGGUAAAGUACGCACAGAGUGUAACAAAGUGGCUGUCAUGUCACUGUUUCACAUCCCCACCACCAAACCCAUGAGGUUGGAGGAGUUCGAACAGACACAGUCCCAAGCCACAUCACAGGUAUCGCUGUUUUUAAAAGACAGCUGGAUCUCAACACUGAGGAAUGCCAUCCGAACAUCUCUACGUGAUGUGGGAAAGGGUUGGUUCAACAUCCAUGAGACUAACUUUGAAGUAUACCAGAUCUCUAAGCUGAAGGCCUUUAUGGAAAUGGUGAAAUUCAUCAUGCAGGACUCGAUGAGAUACCUUGUCCAGGAUUCUCUUGUUAACUUCACACAGAUGGUGAUGGAUGCUUGUCACUCUACACUCAAGCUGGAAGAUAACUUUGUUUGGGGCCCGGACUUUAUCACAAGUACCUACAAACCCAAGAAGAAUGCCCUGUUCCUAGUAGAUCUGAUCCUUGACCCACAGGGUGUCCACUACAGCACUAACCUGAACAGCUUUGAGACCAUGCUCAUUGGUCUGUUUGAUAAGGGCAUACAGUCUACACAAAACAUCCCACAGCUUGAAAAGUAUAUUCUGGAGGACAUAUUCUGGUCAGGAACACCUUUGCUGGAGUCAGUCGGGGAACAUGAGCCGCCAGUGGAAGAACUGCGCCACAACAUUAUAAACGCCAUUAACAGAGCCCUCAUCCCACUCAAGGCGUACGCUCGUGAGUACGAGAAACAUCUAGAACUGAUGAACCUGGACAUCAAUAAAUACAUACAGGAGUAUGAAGCCACUGAACACACUGCUCAAGAGGUCAAGAAUGAGGUCGAGAUGCACCUGAAAGAGAAGGAGAUCAUUGAAGCUACCAUCCCAAGUAACAUCAUCAUCGGACCUUUCUGGGUCAUCACCGAUUCUGUCAAACAGAAUCUAUCAAAGAAGCGAAAGAACCUGAGUAAUGUUGUUCUCGAGUUACUAGCUAGGCAGCUCAGGAAACAAGCUGACGACGCAUGUGAAGAGUUCAAGGCCAUCAGUCGGAAACUCUACGACAAACCAAACUGUGUAGAGGAACUGUCCGAGAUGAGGGAAUGGAUGAAAGGAAUCCCAGACAAACUGAAAGAGCACCAGGAGCUGAUUGACAAAGCCAUGGAUGACUAUGAACUGAUUGAAGAGUUCUAUUACAACUUAUCUGCUGAUGACUUCAAUGCCAAAUGGACUGCCAUUGGCUGGCCUCACAAGAUUGAGGUUCAGAUGGAAGCUACAUACCAACAGCUAGACGAGGAUGAGGAGCGUUUCCGUAAACUCCAGACCUCUGACCAGGCCAACUUCAAUGACCGCAUGGACACACUACAGAUGGUUGUUGCCGGUAUGGCAGCUCACACUGACAUCAGCAAAGCUCAUGAGAUAGCCAAUGAAGUGCGCCGUAUCAACAAGCAGCUGAAAGAAGCCCAGGGAUUGGCUUCCACAUAUAACAACAGAGAGAGGUUGUUCGGUCUGCCUGUCACUAACUAUGAUAAGCUGGCACAACUUGUCAAGGAUUUCGAGCCGUUCAGAAACCUGUGGCUCACCGUCUCUGACUGGCAACGCUGGCAGGAAAGCUGGAUGCACGACCCACUGACGUCAAUCAAUGCUGAGGACGUAGAAAAGAACGUGAACGAGGCGUACAAGACCAUGCACAAGUCUGUCAGGAUAUUUAACGAGAUGCCGAGUGUACAGAAUGUGGCGUCAGAGAUCAAAGGCAAUGUGGAGGACUUCAAGCCAUACAUCCCACUCAUCCAGGGCCUCCGAAACCCUGGCAUGAGGAAUAGACAUUGGGAACAGCUGUCUGGAGAUCUGGGAUUCCCUAUCAGACCAAAGGCUAAUUUGACAUUCAGUAAGUGUAUCGAGAUGAACCUCCAAGACCACAUCGCCACCAUCACAAAGGUGGCUGAGGUCGCAGGAAAGGAGUACUCCAUUGAACAGGCUUUAGACAAGAUGGAGAAGGAAUGGGAUCCUGUCAACUUUGAGAUUUUGUCGUACAAAGAAACAGGUACCUACAUCAUCCGAGCAUCUGAGGAUACGUCACAGCUGUUGGACGAUCACAUCGUCAUGACACAGAGCAUGUCCUUCUCACCAUACAAAAAGCCGUUUGAGGAUCGCAUCAGUAACUGGGAAAAUAAACUCAAGACUACCCAGGAUGUCCUUGAUGAAUGGCUAGUUUGUCAGAGGUCAUGGUUGUACCUGGAGCCUAUCUUCAGUUCAGAAGACAUUAACAGACAGCUGCCAGUGGAGAGCAAGCGUUACCAGACCAUGGAAAGGAUCUGGAGGAAGCUGAUGAAGAAUGCCAAGGAGAACCCACAGGUUAUCUCCCUUUGCCCUGACAACCGUCUGCUGGACAAUCUGAGGGAAUGUAACAAGCUCUUGGAACAAGUCCAGAAAGGUCUCAGUGAAUACCUGGAGACUAAGAGGAAUGCCUUCCCACGAUUCUACUUCCUGUCUGACGACGAGCUUCUGGAGAUCCUCUCUCAGACAAAAGAUCCGAAAGCUGUACAGCCCCAUCUUAGAAAGUGCUUUGAAAAUGUUGCCAAGCUCAAAUUUGAGGACGAUUUGAAGAUCACUAAGAUGUUCUCCGGUGAGGGUGAGAGUGUGGACUUCAAGGAGACUCUCUACCCCACAGGAAACGUUGAGGAUUGGAUGUUAGAGAUCGAACGAUGCAUGAGAGAAAGUCUUCGACUUAUCAUCAAGGAAUCACUGAUAGAUUACAAAGUUACUCCAAGAACAGAAUGGGUACUUAAAUGGCCUGGUCAAGUGGUCAUUGCUGGCUGUCAGACCUACUGGACACAGGAAGUCACUGAAGCCUUGGAGCAGAAUAAGGUGAAGGAAACGUAUGAGCACCUGUUGAAACAGUUGGAUGACUUGAGACUUCUUGUGAGAACUGAUCUGUCUAAGAUCGGACGUUUGACUCUCUCUGCCCUCAUUGUCAUAGAGGUGCACGCUCGUGAUGUUGUGUUUAGGAUUGUACAAGAAGAAGUCAACAAUGCCAACGCCUUCGAAUGGAUCAGUCAGAUUAGGUACUACUGGCUGGAAGAUGAGAACCUAUACAUACGAGCCGUGAAUGCCCAGUUCCCCUACGGCUACGAGUACCUAGGAAAUACCUUCCGUCUGGUCAUCACUCCCCUGACUGAUAGGUGUUAUCUCACCCUGACUGGAGCUCUCCAUCUGAAGUUUGGUGGAGCACCUGCUGGACCUGCAGGAACUGGAAAAACAGAGACGACAAAGGAUCUGGCUAAAGCUAUGGCUGUCCAGUGUGUUGUGUUCAACUGUUCUGACCAGUUGGAUUUCAUGGCUAUGGGCAAGUUCUUCAAAGGAUUAGCAAGUGCUGGAGCUUGGGCGUGUUUCGACGAAUUCAACCGUAUAGAUAUUGAAGUGUUGUCAGUGGUGGCACAACAAAUCACUACUAUACAAAAGGCCCAGCAACAGAGGGUUGAUAGAUUCAUCUUUGAGGGAGUAGAGCUCACCCUCAAACCUUCCUGCUCUGUUUUCAUCACAAUGAACCCAGGAUAUGCUGGGAGAACUGAGCUCCCUGACAACCUCAAGGCAUUGUUCCGUCCCGUGGCUAUGAUGGUACCUGAUUACGCCCUGAUUGCCGAGAUCAGUCUUUUCUCGUUUGGUUUCUCAGACGCCAGAGUCCUCUCCAAGAAGAUUGUAUCCACAUUCAAACUGUCCUCUGAGCAGCUCAGUUCACAGGAUCACUACGACUUUGGUAUGCGAGCUGUCAAAUCUGUGAUUUCUGCGGCUGGUAACCUGAAGCGACAGUACGGUGAUAUGGAUGAGGAACUUAUUGCCCUGAGAGCUAUCCGUGAUGUCAAUGUUCCCAAGUUCUUGGUGGAAGAUUUGAAACUCUUCAACGGUAUCGUCUCUGAUCUGUUCCCCAAUAUCAAGGAACAGCCAAUCGACUAUGGCUCUAUGGAUACUUCACUGAGGAAAACAUGUACAAAGAAUGGACUCAAGGAUGUGGAAGGUUUUAUUCAUAAAUGUAUCCAGCUUUUUGAGACAACAGUUGUACGUCACGGUCUCAUGUUGGUCGGUCCCACAGGAUCUGGAAAGACCAAGUGUUAUGAUGUCCUGAAGCAGGCAUGCUCAGCCCUCCAGGGGGAGGAGUCACCAGCAGGAUUCCCAUUCCAGGUCGUCACAACGUUUGUCCUCAAUCCCAAAUCCAUCACUAUGGGACAGCUGUACGGAGAGUUUGACCUCAUGACCCACGAAUGGACGGACGGUAUAUUGUCCUCGCUGAUCCGUGGGGGAGCUUCAGCCACUGACAACAAGAAGAGAUGGUAUGUGUUUGACGGACCUGUGGAUGCAGUGUGGAUCGAGAACAUGAACACCGUACUGGACGACAAUAAGAAACUUUGUCUCAGCAGUGGUGAAAUCAUCAAACUUAGUGAGGACAUGACCAUGAUGUUUGAAGUCCAGGACUUGGCAGUUGCCUCCCCUGCCACUGUGAGCCGAUGUGGUAUGGUAUACCUUGAGCCUAGUUACAUCGGACUGAAGCCAUUUGUUGAGUGCUGGCUGAGACAGCUGCCGGAUGCUAUUUACCCACACAAAGAGAAGCUAGAGGAGCUGUUUGAAACUUACAUGGAGCCCGCCAUAAAGUUUGUGAGGAAAAACGUCAAGGAAGCUAUCCCCACAGUCGACUGCAAUUUGGUGUUUAGCUUGUUGAAAAUGAUUGAAUGUUUCUUCACACCGUUUGUACCUCAGGAGCCGAGUCGGCGUCGAGUGGGUGACCCAGCAAUUCCUCAGGAGAGUCUUGACCGUCUUGGAGAGCUCAUUGAGCCUUGGUUCUUCUUCAGUAUCGUGUGGUCAGUUGGCUGUACUGGUGACAAUGACAGCUGGCUCAAAUUCUCUCAGUGGCUCCACGAAACCAUGGCCAAGAACGAGACCAAGAUGGUUUUCCCGUCAGAGGGACUUGUGUACGACUAUUUCCUGGAUGACGGAGGCUUAAGCAACAACCAAAAAAGUGAUGAUCCUGAUGACGAAGAAAAUGAAAAGAAAGUGGAGGUGACCUGGAGGAACUGGUUGUAUGGCCUUGGAGAAUUUACAGUUGCACCAGACACCAAGUUUGCUGAUAUCAUUGUACCAACUAUCGAUACCAUCAGGAGUGCCGCUAUCCUUGAGAAGCUUCUAUUAAACAGAAAAACGGUGUUGUGUGUAGGUCCAACUGGUACAGGUAAAACCUUGACCAUCUCAGACAAGCUGACCACAAAAAUGCCCAAAGAGUAUGUUCCAGAGUUCAUGGUGUUUUCAGCCAAGACCAGUGCAAACCAAACUCAAGAUCUGAUUGAUGGCAAACUUGAUAAGAGACGUAAGGGAGUAUUUGGACCUCCGCUAGGAAAGUACUUCAUCUUCUUCAUUGACGAUCUCAACAUGCCUGCACUGGAGAAGUUUGGUGCCCAGCCCCCGAUAGAACUGAUUCGUCAGUGGCUCGACUUCAAUGGCUGGUACGACAGGAAAGCCAUUGGUGAGUUCCGUAAGUUGGUGGAUGUGAACUUCUGUUGUGCCAUGGGACCCCCUGGUGGAGGACGUAACCCUAUUUCCGCACGUCUUGUACGUCACUUCAACCUUCUGGCAUUCACAGAAAUGGAAGACAUCAGUAAGAAGAAGAUCUUCAGUGCCAUCCUUAGGUCCUGGAUUCCUAAUUCUUUAAUGUCGCACUGCGAUGGCCUCGUGGACACCUGUAUCAACGUUUACAAUGAGAUCAGUUCACAGCUACUGCCCACACCUGCCAAAUCUCACUACACCUUUAACUUGCGUGACUUGUCCCGAGUGUUUCAGGGCAUGCUCAUGUUGGAGCCAGGCAAGAUAGAGUCCCUAGACGACAUCCUCAAGCUGUGGUACCACGAAAGCUGUCGAGUCUUCCAGGACCGUCUUGUCAAUGACGAAGAUAGAAACUGGUUUGACAAUCUGAUGAAGGAAAAAAUGAAAUCUGACUUUAACCUUGAGUUUGACAAGGUUGUUGACAAGCUGCCAAUCUUGUUUGGGGAUUUUAUCUCCCCUGGAGCAGGCGACAGCAAACCAUACCAAGAAAUGAAAGACCAUGAAAAAAUGGUGAAGGUCCUAGAGGAGAGUCUUGACGAUUACAAUCAGAUCACCACUGCCCAGAUGAAGCUCGUACUUUUCAUGGACGCCGUGAAACAUGUCAGCCGAAUCAGUCGUAUCAUCAGGCAACCAAUGGGUAACGCUCUCCUUCUGGGUAUGGGUGGUAGUGGACGUCAGAGCUUGACCAGACUGGCCGCUCACAUGUCAGACUUUGAAUGCUUCCAAAUUGAACUUGCCAAAAACUAUGGGAUUAAUGAGUGGAGAGAAGAUUUGAGAAAAGUGAUGAUGAAGGCGGGUUUGGAGAACAAACCUGUUGUGUUUUUGUUCUCUGACACACAGAUCAAGAACGAAUCAUUCCUUGAAGAUCUGAACAACAUCCUGAACGCUGGAGACGUGCCAAAUAUUUACGGCUUUGAUGAACAAGAUCAGAUCUACACAGCCAUGAAACCCAUUGUCCAGGAUCUGCAGCUUCAACCAACCAAAACCAACCUGUUUGCAUGUUACACUAAACGUGUCCGCAGUAACCUUCACACAGUCAUCACCAUGAGCCCCUUGGGAGAAGUGUUCCGAGCUCGUUUGAGGAUGUUCCCCGCACUCGUUAACUGCUGUACCAUUGACUGGUUCAGUGAGUGGCCGGCUGAUGCCCUGCGAUCUGUAGCCAUGAGAUUCUUGACCGACAUUCCUGAAUUGGACACAACAGACCAGGUUAUGGAAGGGCUGGUGAUCAUGUGCCAAGAAAUUCAGAUGAGCGUAACAACAAACUCCCACCGAUUUCUGUCGGAACUCUCCCGUCACAACUACGUCACUCCUACCAGCUAUCUUGAACUUCUUAGCAUCUUCUCCAAACUCGUUGGAAUGAAGAAGACAGAACUCAGCACUGCAAGGAAACGUCUCAAGACAGGUCUGGACAAGUUGCUGACCACUGCUGAUGAAGUGGACAAACUGUCUUCUGAGUUGGCGACCAUGAAACCACUCCUGGAGGACGCUGUGAAAGAAUCCAUCCAAACCAUGGAACAGAUCUCAAAAGACACGGUCAUUGCUAAUGAAACCAUGGAAAUGGUGACAAAGGAGGAAGAACAGGCUACAAUCAAAGCUAGAGAGACUCAAGCUAUUGCAGAUGAUGCUCAACGUGACCUCAAUGAGGCCCUUCCUGCUCUUGAAGCGGCUGUGGCCAGUUUGAAGUCUCUGAACAAGAAUGAUGUGGUGGAAGUGCGUGCCAUGACACGCCCACCAGAUGGUGUCAAGAUGGUGAUGGAAGCUGUCUGUAUUAUGAAAGCUAUCAAACCCAAGAAAGUUCCUGGAGAAAAGCCUGGUCAGAAGAUUGACGACUAUUGGGAGCCUGGUAAGGGCAUGUUGUCUGACCCUGGCAAGUUCUUGGAGAGUUUGUUUAAGUAUGACAAGGACAAUAUUGGUGACGAUACCAUCAAAAAGAUUCAGUCAUAUAUCGAUGAUGAAAAUUUCACACCUGCAGCCAUUGCAAAGGUAUCCAAAGCCUGCACAUCCCUGUGUAUGUGGACGAGAGCUAUGCACAAGUACCACUUCGUAGCAAAGGGUGUGGCUCCUAAGAGAGAGAAGUUGAGGGUCGCACAGGAGGAAUUAGCCAUCACUCAAAAGAUCCUGGACGAAGCCAAGGCAAGGCUUCAUGAAGUGCAAGAAGGUAUUAGGACACUGCAAGCAAAAUAUGAUGACUGUGUACGCAAGAAGGAAGAACUGGAGAAUAAGUGUACGGAAUGUGAGGGAAGACUCGGCAGGGCUGACAAGCUGAUUGGUGGACUGGCUGAUGAGAAAGAAAGAUGGAAGGAGUCAGUAUCAAGACUUGAGAAGAUCAUUGACAACUAUGUUGGUGAUGUUCUUGUGUCGGCCGGUUAUGUAGCGUACCUUGGACCCUUUACUGGUGAAUACAGACAAAGAAUGGAGAAAGAAUGGGUGAAAAAGCUGGAUGAACUAAAAGUGCCACGGACUGAUGAUCCCACCAUCAUAUCUUGUCUUAGUGAUCCGGUGAAAAUUCGGAGCUGGCAGAUUGCUGGUCUUCCCAAGGAUAACUUGUCCGUGGAGAAUGGUGUCAUCGUCCAGUAUGCUCAGCGAUGGCCACUCUUCAUUGACCCCCAGGGCCAGGCCAACAGAUGGGUCAAAAACAUGGAGAAAGAUAACACCCUGGACGUGAUCAAAUUGUCUGAUAAAGACUUCCUGCGUAGCUUGGAGAACGCCAUCAGAUUUGGUAAACCAUGUCUACUUGAAAACAUCAGCACCGAGUUGGAUCCUGCUCUGGAACCCAUUCUUCUUAAACAGAUUUUCAAACAACAAGGUAGUAUGGUAAUAAAACUUGGAGAUGCUGUAAUUCCUUACCACGAUGACUUUAAGUUCUACAUCACCACCAAGCUUCCUAACCCCCAUUACACCCCAGAGGUGUCAACAAAGGUCACACUUGUCAAUUUCACUUUGUCACCAAGUGGCCUUGAGGACCAGAUGUUGGGUAUUGUGGUGGCUGAAGAAAGACCAGAUCUAGAGGAAGCUAAGAACCAUUUGAUUGUUAGCAAUGCUAAGAUGAAGCAGGAACUGAAGGAGAUUGAGGACAAGAUCUUACUGAAGCUGAGCACCUCCGAGGGAAGUCCUGUGGAUGAUGUUGACCUCAUUGCCACACUGGAGGCAUCCAAGAUUAAGUCACAGGAAAUCAAGGCUAAAGUGAUUGUAGCCGAGCAGACAGAGAAGGAUAUUGAUGUGACCAGAAGCCAGUACAUUCCUGUUGCCAUCAACACUCAGAUCCUUUUCUUCUGUGUAGCGGAUAUGGCCAACAUUGAUCCUAUGUACCAAUACUCCCUGGAGUGGUUCAUCAACAUCUUCCUUGGUGGAAUCGCGCACGCAGAUAGAGCAGACAACCUUCCCCAGCGUGUAAAGAACAUCAACGAAUACUUCACCUUUAGCCUCUACAGCAAUGUGUGUCGCUCACUUUUUGAGAAACACAAACUUCUUUUCUCUUUCCUCUUGUGUACCAGGAUCAAGAUGAACAAAGGACUCAUUAAUAUGGAUGAGUGGCGUUUCAUGCUGGCUGGAGGCAUCAUCAAACCCAAGGUUAUAGAUAACCCUGCCCCAGAGUGGAUAUCUGCCCGGUCGUGGAGUGACAUUCUCACCACUGCAGUCCUUGAAAAAUUCAGUACAUUUGCAGAUGAUUUCAAGAACAAUGUGGAUGGCUUUAAAAGGAUAUUUGACAGUGGUGAUCCACACAAAGAAGAUUUACCUGGAGAAUGGAAUGAUUCUCUAGACUCCUUCCAGAAGAUGAUCAUUCUUAAGUGUCUACGACCGGACAAAAUCACGAAUGCCAUGCAGGAAUACGUAGCCAGUAACCUCGGACAGAGAUUUAUUGAACCACAGACUGCCGACCUUCACCUUGUCUACAAGGAUUCCUCUCCCACAACACCUUUGAUCUUCGUCCUGUCCACUGGUACUGAUCCAGCCGCUGAUCUGUACAAGUUUGCUGAGGAGAUGAGAUUCACCAAGAAACUAAGUGCUAUAUCUCUGGGUCAAGGACAGGGUCCAAGAGCUGAGGCAAUGAUGAGAAGUGCCAUGGAAAGGGGUAAAUGGGUGUUCUUCCAGAACUGUCACUUGGCACCAAGUUGGAUGCCUACUCUGGAGCGACUUAUUGAACAGAUAGACCCAGACAAGGUGCACCGAGACUUCCGUCUCUGGCUGACCAGUAUGCCCAGUGCCAUGUUCCCAGUUUACAUUUUACAAAACGGGUCUAAGAUGACUGUGGAGCCGCCCCGUGGACUGAAGGCCAAUCUUCUCAAGUCCUACACAGGGUUUUCUGAUGAUAUGCUCAAUGCUUGUGGGGACAAGACACAAACAUUUAAAAUGUUGCUGUUUUCACUGUGUGUGUAUCAUGGUGUCGUGAUUGAGCGAAGGAAGUUCGGAGCUCUUGGUUUCAACAUUCCGUAUGAAUUCACAGACGGUGAUCUGCGUAUCUGUGUCAGCCAGUUGAAGAUGUUCUUGUUGGAGUACUCAGAAAUCCCCUACAAAGUGCUUGUGUACACAGCUGGGCACAUCAACUACGGAGGUCGUGUUACGGAUGAUUGGGACAGACGCUGCAUGAUGACCAUUCUUGGUGACUUCUACCGACCCGCUGUCCUGGAGGAUGGCCACAAGUUUUCGGAAUCAGGGAUAUAUUAUCAAAUCGACACAUCUAACGACCAUAAUGGAUACAUGGCAUACAUCAAAAGUCUGCCCAUCAAUGACAACCCAGAGAUGUUCUCGCUCCACGAUAACGCAAACAUCACGUUCGCAAACAAUGAGACAGGAAAUUUGUUGGAAGGACUGCUCAAGCUGCAACCUAAAACUGCCAGUGGUGGUGGCAAAUCACGUGAGGAGGUGAUGGAGGAGACAGCCAAGAGUAUUCAGUCCAAGGUCCCUAAGGUUGUCGACAUCAACAUGGUGAUGGAGAAAUAUCCAGUUAUAUACGAACAGUCCAUGAACACUGUCAUCAUCCAGGAAGUCAUUAGGUACAAUCGUCUCCUGAGUACCAUCCACACAAGUCUGAGGGACAUGUUGAAGGCCCUGAAGGGUUUAGUGGUCAUGUCUCAGGCCCUUGAGGAGAUGGCCAACAGUCUCUACAACAAUAUGGUACCCACCAUGUGGUCAAGCAAGGCUUACCCGUCCCUGAAACCCCUGGCAGCUUGGGUCAUUGAUCUUCAGACCAGAAUGGUUUUCAUUAAUGGCUGGAUUGAACAAGGAAUGCCAAAAGUAUAUUGGAUUUCCGGAUUUUUCUUCCCCCAAGCUUUCCUCACUGGAACUCUUCAGAACUACGCCAGGAAAAGUAUUACCUCCAUCGAUAUCAUUGCCUUUGAUUUCCAGGUGAGUGAAUUUGUAAUGCGAGAGACUGUUGAUGAGUUGAAGGGAAGCCCAGAAGAUGGUUGUUACAUCCGAGGACUUUACCUAGAGGGCGCUCGCUGGGACAGCACCCUCCACCAGCUAGGCGAGUCUCGACCCAAGGAACUUUUCACCGAGGUUCCUGUUAUCUGGCUGAAACCAAUCACCAACCGCAAAGCAAAGGACAGUGGCUUUUAUGAGUGUCCAGUUUACAAGACACUGACCAGAGCUGGUACUCUGUCCACUACUGGUCAUUCCACCAACUUUGUGUUUUCUGUUGAAAUGCCCACUGAGAAGACACAGAACCACUGGAUUAAACGUGGUGUGGCCAUGUUGUGUGCUCUCAAUUACUGAUUAUCUCCCUUGGAUUAUCUCCCUUUAAAAAGGGAAACACUGAAAAAUGUGAUAACUUAUAUAGAAAAUGUGAUAUUUAUUUAUUUAUACAAACCACAUGAAGAUGAAAGGAAGAAUUCUCUAUAAAAUCUUUGAAUACAUGAAAUGAUAUUAUACUGACCUUAGCAAAGAAAAAGAAAACAACACAUGAAGAUGGAUUUGGAUGCCUUCGCAAAUCUUUUUUUUAUUCCCUGUAUGAGACUGUUAUGGACAUAAUGAUAUGAACUGUGAUAUAUCAUCAGCCUAGAUUUCAAUCUUAUGGAGAAAAUAUGCCAAAUAAUGUUAUGUUGAAUUUACAACCACGUAUACUAAGAUAAACUUCACCGCUACUUUUAGAUUUUAGGUAGCAAUGAUAUUUCAGUGCCUAGUUGAAAUUUAUUUCAUCUUUUACAAGGAACACUGGUUUAAAUUAUUUUUUUACAUUAAACACUAGAAACAACAGUAUUAGUUCAGCAGUAAACAUGUUUGAAUAUAUUUUGCAAGUUAUUUUUCAACUGAAAUACAGAUUUGUAUGGAGAAAUGUUGUGCAGCAGAUUUGAACAAUUUAUAAGUCUUUUUGGAGUUGAA